GUUGUACUUACGAUGCUAUUAUUUGUUUGUGAACUAAAACAGUUUUACUAAAAAGUAAAUGUGUGGCAUACAGAUGUUCAACUAGUUGUCUAAAACUACCAUUGAAAACAACUAAAACUGAAGAAUUGGAGCUGAAAUUUGUAUGACUAUAAUGGCUAAACGAAGAUCUACGUAUGAUAUUUUUGUUGGUAACUUGCCACCUCACGCUGAUCAGCAUUUUGUUGGGAAGUUUUUUACCUGCUUUGGAGAAAUAAAUGGAAUUUAUGUAAAAGAGGGAAAAAUUGGAGAUGGUUCCAAAAUUGCAUUUGUCCAGUUUCUCUGUGAACCUGAUGCAGAACGAGCUGUAGAAGAAAGAAAUGGAAUACUUUUGGAUGGAAACCCUCUAAUAGUUAGAAGAAGUUCUAAAAGGGAUGGUCCCCGUGAACAAGGAUAUCAAGGAGGAAAGUUUGAAAAGAAAGGGAAAAAACAGAUGAAUGACAAAAAAGUUCAUGUGUUCAGUGGAACAUUGACAGCAGGUUCAGGGAGCUUUAACUCUUUAAGAAAAACCUCCACAGAUUCAAUACCUUACCUGGAACAUUAUGGUACUGUUGGAACUUCAGAAGAAGAAUUGAUAGUUGUACAUGUAGAAGAUCCCACAAUUUUCUUUUCACAAAAAGUCGAAUCUAACCAGCACUUGGUAGAAAUUGCAAAGCAACUUUCUCAGGUUUGUCCAAAGGCCAAGAGUGUUCAAGGUAUUCCUCAGAUGUUUAAGAUUUAUGGAGCUCAGUUUAGUGAGGACCAACAGUGGUAUCGAUGUGAGAUAAUAAAAAACAACAUGCCUGAUCAAUGUGCUGUUAGAUAUAUUGACUUUGGAAACAGAGAAGUGGUUAGUAAUCAAAAGAUUGUGGAUCUUCCUGAUGAACUGGCUUCCAUACCUCCUUUAGCUUUCAAGUGUCGAUUUCAGGGAUUAAGAGGAACAAUGAUGGAUACAGGAAAUAAAAACUUUGAAGAGGGAAAAAAGUUUUUGAGCCAAGUGACGGAUGGCCAUGUUGUCCAUGCCCAUCUACGUCCUCCACCAGGAGAAAAAAUUGUUUGUUGCUGGGUUAUUAAUGGUUCUGUUAAUGGGUUAAAUAUUGGUCAAGAAUUGGUUAAAAAAGGUUAUGCAGUCCAAGUUGAGAGAGAUGGCACUAUUAUUAGUAGCAAAAAUGUAGAAGAUAGUUCUUUAUCUGGCAGGCCUGUGUUGGGCAAGAAAACGGAUCAGAGAUAUUGUAUAAGUGGACGAGGGGGAAAACGCUAUGCAUCUGGGCAUCGACUGUCUUUGGAAACACCCCCCAGUACUGGAAUUAAUACAUUAACUAGUACACAAACCCAAAUUUCAAGCACUUUGAGUGAUUUGUCCCAUUCUUCCUCUCUUGAUGAUGAUUUGUGCACAAACUAUGGAACUGGUUAUUCCUACCAUAGGAGUGGGAAUCAGUUCAGAGGUGGUGGUGAUGGAGGUUAUGUUCUUGAUGAAAUUAGUAGACUAAAAGUUGAGAAGGAAAAAUUGCUCAGAGAUCUUGCUCUUGAAAAAGGAAGGUUUCAGGCAGUGAAAAAUGAACUAGACAAAAUGGUUAAAGAUGACAUGUCUAUGAAGAUUUCAAAGAUCCAGGAAAAGACAAAACAAGUGAAGUUUUUACGUCAUCAGUUGACAUAUGACAAAGACAAACCAGACAUUAUUGAGCUUUGCAUUACCACAGUCUUAAAAUUACAGGAAGGUCCAGUGCUAGAUCAUAAUCAGAGUAUACAAGAAGCAGUAUCAAAAGCUCAUAAAAAUUUCAACUCGUGUCAGCAAAACAUAAAGUUCUGCAAAAAUAAGGAUGAACUUCAGUCACUUAUUGAACUUCGAGACUCAGCCAAACAGCAGCUCUAUGUCAAGAUAGAGCAGUUCCUAAAUCUUUUUUCUGAACGUCCUGUCAUUGAGAAAGCUAGGCUUUUGGAGAUGCUGCUUUCAUGUUUAAAUCAAUACUAUCAUCCAUUUCUCGGCAUGACUGGCACAAACAUGCUUUUGUUGCCUUUAAGUGAUUUGUCAAGCUUCUAUCAGAACAUGAAGAGUCAAAAACAGGAAAAGGUACAAGAAGUGAGGAGACAAACAAAUGAUGCAAUGAAACAGUUAUCUCAAGCACUUCAAGUCUUCUCUCAAUCUGUUCUACUAGAAGAUCCACAUGUGGAUGCCCUAUCAGCACCAGAAGAUCAUGUGUGCUAUUUGGAAUACCUCCUUGAAGAACGUGCACAAGAAACUUGUACUGUUAAUUUUCUUUCCAAAUGCCUGGCUGAUUAUUGCAAUGCUUUGAAUAUGGAAAUAGGUGUAUGUGAUAUGGAAGACAGUUCUGAAAGUGCUCUAAUGGCAGUGGUUACACAAAAGUUGCAAAAUGAAUUAAGUAAUGAACAAGAGAAGAUUCAAGGCGUAGCAGAAUUGAAAGUCCAGUACUCGAGUCUUUUUCAGGAAUUAUCACCUUGGUUGCACAACAAGCCAGAUAUUACAGAAGUGAUGGCUAUUAGAAAGAAAAUUAAGGGACUCAAGUCAAAACUACGUCAUAAGAUAGCCGAUAAGAAUGAUGUUGAAGAGAAUGACGAAAGUGAUAAAGAAGCUUUGGAAAAUAUUAACAGUGAACUUGCUGUUCUGAGAGGAGAAUUGCAUGAAGCAUUUGAUGAAGAAAGCAAGCUUUUGAAAAAGUUGGCUGAAUUGCAGGAAUCUCAUUUCCCAGAAUUGGACUUUCAAUAUUCUGAAUUGGGAAUAUCAAAUUAUGUGGAAUAUCUAGGUCUCUUGAAGCAGGGAUGGGAACUGGACCACUUCCAAGCAGAAAAAUCAUUAGUGUCUCAGUCAUUUGUAACCUACAGAGCAGUUUAUAGAGAAUCUGAAGUUAUAAUAAAAGAAUAUUUUAUUGAUAAUGCCCAACAAAAAAAAGAAUUUCUUAGGAGGAUAGUACAGUACCAUCAUGCUGCUUGUGAUAACUUAGUCCCAUUGCAUGCUGUUUUCUUUUCAAAGGUUGGUCAAACUUAA